AUGUCCAUGGUUACCUCCCUGCCGAUCCCUGACCAAGGCUCGUCCGUCGAUCUCAGCGACGUCUCGGCCGCCGAAGUCAUCGAGACCGUUGUCGUCGAGACCAUCGUCGUUGAGUCUCAGCCGGUGAUCUCCAGUCCGCUUUCCGGCGUGACGGUCCCGGCCGGCCUCUCCGAUGUGGACGACGAGAACCAGCGUCUGCAGGCCGAGCUCCAGCGAAAGGAGGCCGAGUACCGAAACCUCAUGCUGAAGCAGCGCCUGAAAGCGCUCAAUUCGGAGCUGAGUAUGACUCGCUCGACCAGCAACGAGUCCAGCCCAAACAGCGUGGUCGCCUCGCCCCUUCCCGUCGAGGUCGAGCGCAGCUUCUCCUUCAACAGCAACGAUGGCCUCUCGCACAACGCUCCCCUGCUCGCCGAAAACCGGGAGCUCAAGAAAAAGAUUGCCUCACUGGAACUGACGGUCGAUCUCUCGGCCAAGGAGAUCAAGCGCCUUCUGAAAGAGAACGAGGACCUCAAGGCCAGCAACGCUGAGCUCCAGCACCAGCUCGAAGCUGUCCAGAACAGUACCAGCUUCGGCGAGGACGCCGUGCAGGCUCUGAUCGCCGAGCGCGACCAGGCCCAGCAGCAGGCCGCUGCCCUCGACAAGACACUUCGCGAGACUGUCCAGAGAUUCGAAGGCAUGCCGCUGAUGGAGCGCUUGGCCUUCUUCCACAAGGAAUACAAUCGCCUCAAGAGCAUCAACGCCCUUGACGGCUCGGGUCUCUCCACCCCUGACCUGGAUUCGGCGUCCGAGACUGAGCCCUCUGCCAGCGCCUCAUCAACCCGAGCGAUUUCUCCAAAACCGUCGCCUUCGCCCUUGGCUGCCACCGAGCCUUCAAACAAGCCAGUGGCUGAAUCGUGCGAGUCGCUUUCUCUCGACGAUCCCGGGGUUGACUCACUCCAGCCAUACACACCUGCGCUGACCCUGCUCAAGACCGUCGUGCCGCCGGUGAUUCGCCUGCCCCAGCGUCCUGAUGCCAUCGCCCCGCGGCCUCCAGCUCCCGGUGUCCCCAAAUACGCUGUCCGUGCUGGCCGUCCUGUUGUCGAGACGGUCGCACGCAGUACCCGUGCCCAGGUCGUCGAGGACAAGCCGCCGGUGGUACCUCCCAAUCCCGAUGGCUCCCCGAUCAUCCUCCACGUCUACCGGACCGGCCUGCAGAUCACCCAGGUCUAUCUGGAGGACUUGAGCACGUGUGCCUUCCACCUCGAGAUGCCCCUUCCCGUGGACCUGUCGACCCUGCAAGCUGGCUGGGUGGUCCGUAUCCGCCGCCACGGCCCCGAUGGCUCCGUCGACUUUGUUGUCCGCAAGAACGUCAACAGCCAAGAUCUGAUCAUCAUGGAGCCGCCUCAGAGCGAGGGCGGCCGCGCCGACGGCAAAGCCACCACUCUGGAGAAGCCGGCCGACAUGUGGCAGUCAUCGCGACGGUUCCGUGGAUUCGAUCGUGAGGAAUACGUCUGGCGGAACGGCAAGGACCUGAUGCACGGAAACAAAAAGGUUGCCUCCAUCGUCAAGGCAUGGUUCAAGGGCAAGGGCGAGAAGCUGUGCACCCUUGAGGUGUAUUCCCAAGCCCAGCACAUGGUCGACUUGGUUGUGGCCACCGGUGUGGUCAUGGCGGAAUGGGAGGCCUCCAUUAUAGUUUAG